AUGUCUUUUCUCUACCCUCUCGUGGCCCCAUUCAUCUCAACCAUCGUCGUCAUCGUGUUAGCUGCUAUCGUCAUGCCAUUCUGGAGUAAAUCAAAGUUUCAACCUGGGGGAAAGAUAUGUUACAUCACAGGAGGUUCCUCCGGGCUGGGUAAAGCACUAGCUGGUGAUAUGUUAAAACAAGGUGCAAGUGUCACCAUCGUCGCUAGGGAUAUCAAAAAGUUACAAGAAGCAGAGGAAGAGCUCAAACCUCUCGUCUUACCAGGUCAAAAACUUCAAAUCAUCUCGGCAGAUCUCAUGUCCUCCAAAACAUCCUCGGAAGCUCUCGAUCAGGCUAUAGAGUUUCACGGUAGGAUACCGGAAUAUAUAUUCAACUGCGCGGGUUUCUCUCAACCUAGGUUUUUGGUCGAUUCCACUCCCGAGGAUUGGCAGAAGGGUCUUGAUGGGACUUAUUGGGUCCAAGCGUGGACGGCUUUCGCCGCUAUCAAAAAGAUGAUAUCCCAUCGUGUCAAAGGGAAAAUAAUCUUCGUGUCUUCGUUCCUUGGAUACACAUCUUUCGUCGGAUACACUUCGUAUUCCCCUGGAAAGUAUGCUCUUAGGGGCCUCGCAGACGCCCUCCGAUCCGAAAUGCUCUUACAUAAUGUCGACAUACAUAUCUACAUGUCGGCAGGUAUAGACAGUCCAGGUUUUGUAGAAGAAAACAAGACGAAACCUGAAAUCACAAAGAAGAUUGAAGAAGGUGAUUCACCCAUUUCACCGGAAGAAUGUUCUAGGUUGUUGAUACGUGGUUUGAACAAAAACCAUUAUCAAAUCAUAUCUCACUUGGUGACUGACCUGAUGCGUAUGACUUCCAAAGGAGCGGUACCGGGGAAUAACGUCGUGGUCGAUUUCUUCCUUUGGUUGAUUUCUGGACCGGGUGUACCGGUUUGGAGGAUGAUAACUGAUUGGCAAAUCCGUCGAGCGAGGGUAAGGGUGGAGAGGGAUUUGGAAAUGAAGGGGUUUUAUGAGGUGGGAAAGUAG